GAAGGAAAACGAUGGAGGAAGACGGAGGAGAACAAACUCAGCCGCCGCAUCCGGUGACCUCCGAAACCUCAAUCUCCGACCCGAACCUAAAUCCACCGUCCACGUGUCCCGAUACCUCACUCGAUCCUACGCACUCCGACGGCUCCGACUCAGACCCGCCGUCCACGUGUCCCGAUACCGCACUCGAUCCUACGCACUCCAACGGCUCCGACUCAAACCCACCGUCCACGUGUCCCGAUACCGCACUCGAUCGUACACACUCCGACGGCUCCGACUCAAACCCGCCGCUGAACCAGACCGAGCUGUUCCGAGCUCUCGAAGUCGUCGAGAGAGACUCCGUCGCCAUCGCCGGAAGCUUCACCUCCCUGUUCUCCUCCCUCCGCCUCGCUCUCUCCGAGGUUACUAGCAACUCGGUCGAUCACAUGAGUUGCUUUAGCGACGCCGCCGGCCGGCUUCAAGAAUCCGUGCUUGAUGCCGCCACGAAGGGGAAUCGGUACAUAAAUUCAUGUCUCAGAUUGAAUGAAGAAAUGAAGGGCGUUGAGAAUCUAGCUUUACAGCUAAAAAUCUUGAGAAGAAAUGUUGAUGCUCUAGACUCCGGAGUUAACAAGCUCCUCCGCCUUCCAUGAUGCCGAUCUGCUCAACCUGCUACUAUCUCAAUUAUGGAUGUGUGAUCUUUUCGUCCAACAUAUUUGCUAAUUUGUGAUUGUUUCUUGGAAAUUAUAGUCAUUAUCAGGUCAUGUUUGGAUUUUCAUGAAACAUCUUGAGCACUCAUGAACUAGUUAUCCAAAUUAGUGCAAUCAGUGGACAAUCUUGUAAGUGUAGAAUGUUGAGAGCAUUUGGGGGUUGUUUAUGUGGCAAACAGCUAUUUUUGUGUAUAUUGUGAGCUGCUUGGAAUAUAUUUCCAAAGUUGCAGUUACCCUUGAUUGCCUAGAACUUUGGUUGCUGUACUGUUAUUAACUAUAAUGUCCUAAGGGGAACUACAAUAUGGAACUUCCCUUUUUCCACUAGUGGGGUAAAUACAUAAUGUUUGAACGUAGUCGGCCAAUUGAUUCUUCUUUUGUUU